ACAGUGUUGGAGAUGACGUAACCCUCAGAAAUCCCCAUCGCCUCUCCACUUCCUCUUCCUCUUCCUCCCUUGCUCACUCACCAAGCAUUCCAGGCCCCAGAAGCAUCAAGACCCAAGAAUUCACGCAGCCCGGUCCACCGUCGAGGGUUUUCUGGCCAGCCGGCCAUGGCCGGAUGCUGACGGUUCUCCUGGGAGGAAGCUCGGCUUCAAAAUCUGGCGACGGCAGCUCGCUAGGGUGCCACGCAAUUCCACCCCUGCUCCACCUCCACAAGAUCUACAGCGGCCAGAGCCGGCGCUCCCCACCUGUUCGGCGUAAUGCCUAAGGAGCAAGCAACGGCCUCCCGCCGUUGGAAGGCGGCGCCCGAGGCGCGUGGCGGCGAGGGGAUCGACGCGCUGCCGGGCGAGGUCCUGCAGCACGUACUGUCCUUCUUGCCGGUGGCGGAGGCCGUGCAGACCUGCGUGCUGGCUCGGCGCUGGCGCGACCUCUGGAAGUCCAUGCCGGUCCUGCGCAUCACCUGCGAGGGCAGGAUUCUGAACCGGCGGGGCGUCAGGAGGCUCAACAAGUUUGUGAACCAUCUGCUGCUCCUCCGUGACCGCAGCGCGCCCCUGCAUGCGUGUGAGAUAGAGCUCAGCACUUUCCAUAGCCAGGAUGAACCGCAGGUCAACUUAUGGAUCCGGCAUGCUCUCUUGUGCCAAGCUCGAGUCCUCAGUGUUCAUUUAGGCCGUGAUAACAAUAGCUUCGAGCUGCUGGAGGACCUGCCUCUCGUCUCUCUGCACUUGACGAGGUUGGAGCUUUGCAACGUAGUGUUAAAUGAUAGCAUUCUGUAUUUUUCGAGCUGCCCAGCGCUGGAAGAACUGUGGAUGAGGGGUUGCUACGUCCAAGCUGAUAUGAUCAUGUCCCAGUCCCUAAAACGCCUGACCAUCCUUGACUGCAUAUUUUAUCCAAAUGAACGGACUCGGAUUUCUGUCCCAAGUCUAGUUACACUGGAAUUAAUUGAGUGCUGGGGGAGGACUCCUUUGCUUGAAAGCAUGCCAUCAUUAGUAACAGGAUCUAUUAAGCUUGCCGACUGUGAUGAUUGUUGUGGUAAAGAAGCUGGUGGUUCGUGUGUCGAUGUUACCUGUGAAAAUUGCAGUUCCAUUGAUGAUGACACUGGAGAUUGUGUGCUUCUCAAUGGUUUGUCAGAGGCUAAAAGCUUGGAGUUGAUAGCUGAACCUUGUGUGUUUAUCCUCAAAAGAGAUUUGAUGUGGUGCCCUACCUUUAGCAAGUUAAAAACCUUGUUACUCAAUGAUUGGUGUAUGAAGGCCAAUCUUGGUGCACUCAUGUGCUUUCUCCAACAUACACCUGUUCUCGAGAAGCUUACCAUCCAGCUUUGUCAGGCACCCAGCAGUCGGAUGGGGACUGAAGGAAGCUACAAUCUGACGGGACAACCGUUUGUUUUAUCUAACAAGCUUAAGGUACUUGAAAUCAAGUGUGAGAACAUUGAUGAGAGGGUUCACAGAAUUUUAACGUUCUUGAGUACCUAUAGCAUACAUGUUGAGCAAAUCAAUAUCCAGCAGAGUAUUGGAUCUUCUGAAGCAGCAGCAGCAGCAGCACUCUGAAGCACCGGUGGAACGAGCGGUGGCGGCAGGAUAUGCAGUAGUGCCACGGAAUUGAAAGAUGGGCAGUCUCGCCGCCGCAGCCGCGGCGACCAAAUCCUCUGCAGGUUGAUCCCACUUCCUCUCUUUUACAGAAAAAAAGACGGAAAAAUCGGGCCUAGCAUUCCUUUUUCGCAGAUCAAUCCACCAUUAGAGGAUAAGAGCGUCGAUCCCACUUCCUCUUUUUUACAGAAACAAAGACGGAAAAAUCGGCCCUAGCAUUCCUUUUUCGCAGACCAAUCCGCAAUUAUAGAGGACAAAAGCGAGCGGGGAAGGAGGGGAGGUGGGGAGGGGCGCACCAGAUCGACCAUCUUGAUGAGGCCCUCCAGGCCGGAGUUGUUCUUGACGUUCAGGAGGUGGAAGUUGCUGCAGCGGGCGAGGUGGGGCGGGGGUGGGUCGACGAGGCGGCGGAUCUUGUAGCAGUAGACGUCGACGGCGAGGACGGAGUCCGGGGUCUCGGCCAUGAGGUGCUCGCAGAUGAAUCCACCGCCCCGCUCAUGCAGAUGGUGAGAGGCGCUACGAGCACCCGUCCAGAUCCAACCUGUCGUCGCUGGCGGGCGUCGGCCUCGGUAGCAACAUGGUCCUGGCGGUCGAGCGGGCGAGCCGAUCCAAUCAAAGGAGAAAGAUCUUUGGAGAGGGAAAAAGAGGUUGUGUGCUCGAGAGAGAAAGUGCGUGUGGCUCGAGGGGCACGAAGGAACAAGGGAAAAAGAGGUUUCUUUUUUCAUCGACGAAACUCGCCAACCCCUUCUGUCCACGUGGACGUCGCGAGGAGGCGCCCUUUGUGCCACCGUUAAAGGGUUGUACUAGAACGAUCAUGUUGAGGUUACAGGGCCCAAGGAUUUUCCUCAGGAACCCAGAGCUGGACCUUCUCAAGCGCGAACUCCGCGUGUGUUGCCCUCGCAGAAUGCUCAGUUGAGGAGCAUGGCUGAGCAGAUUGUAGUCAGGCAGGAGCAGAUCAAAGUUGAGCAACAGCAGAUCCUAAUGCAUCUGGGAAGAUCUAAGUUGAACAGCUGUUACGGUAUAUCUCUCUCAAGGUAGUUUUGGUGAUUGAUGACAACAUGUUUGCGAACUAAUCUUGUGCUUUGAAUAAUUCACAGAUUCUCCACUGGCAUGAGACGCCUUCUUCUCCUCGGAGUGUAUUUCAAGACGGUGUAGCUCUUUUGUUUUUUUUCUCGGUGGACUAGUUGCGUAGAGGGCAUCGUACUAUCAAGAAGGGGUCCGUUGGGUUUUUGCAUGGAUGGAAUCAUCACGUACACAUCAGCUUUUCACCCUCCGAGCUUUCCUUUC